GCGAAGUAAGACGUAAAUCGUGCUUUGUGUUCUGGAGAACGAAACGUGUAUACUAGUUAUUUCCUGUGUAACCAUCACCACAGCGCCAUAGCAUUCCUGUGCGUCAGAUAGCGAAAGAAAACAAUAAUGUUUGGGAUGGAAAAAUCGAGUUUCGUAUUCGUGCUGGGAUUUGCACUGGUGGCUUCCGCCUUUGCGCAGCAAAGUAUUGGAAAUUGCGAAGCCGAUUUUGCCGGCUGCUCGGCGCAGUACUCCAGCUUCGAUGGACGUCAGAAAACAUCGAUCGACAAGGCGCUUAAUAGCUUUACGAAUCAACUGCUAGAUAAAUCGUUCAAGUUCCUGUUCAUGUCGUCGGCGUUCAACAAGUACGACCAAGACCGCCCGGGUUUCAAGAAGCUGUACCGUAAGAUCAGCGACAAGGCCUGGGAGGACAUGGUCGAUUUGAUCAAGUACGAGAGUCGCCGCGGAGCGUAUGUUAAGCUGAGCGAUUCGAAGGUCAAUGCAAAAACCUUUGAAAAGAUAUUGGAGGCAGAUGAGAUGGGCUCGCUAAAAACCGCUCUGGACUUCGAGAAGACCAUGGCCGAUAAGGCUCACGAACUCCAUAAGCAAGUCUCGCACGACCACCACACCAAAUCCGGUAAUAAUCAAAUCAACUACGAUCCGGACACGGCUCACUACCUGGACGAGAAGAUCAUCGAAUACCAGUCGGGCGUGAUUCGUGAUCUUGCCGGCUAUGUGCAGACCCUCGACAAAAUAACCAAAUCGGAGCUCGGCAAAGAAAAGGCACAAGAUUUGGCACUCCAUCUGUUUGAUGAGUAUUUGGAGAAGAGCCUAUAAGUAGCCAACCGACUGUGUCCCAUGAAGGUUGCUGGGGGAGGCAGCUUGCUGCUAUUGAAGACCCCAACGAUGUAUUUUCCAUUUUAGCGCAAUGCUGGAUUGCAAAAACAAAAACAAAAUAAACUAUGUGAUUCUAACUGGAAGCU